AUGCCUGACUUCAAGCCCAAGGAGCCCGCGAAGCUGGCUCCUCCCAAGGACGACCCUAUAAGUCCAGAGGAACUGGCUAAGGCUAAUGGUACUGAUGGUGGGAAAUGCUAUGUGGCUAUCAAGGGCAAGGUCUACGAUGUGACUGGCAACAAGGCCUAUCAACCUGGAGGGUCCUACCAUGUCUUCGCCGGCAAGGAUGCCUCACGCGCCCUGGGAAAGACAUCUACCAAGGAUGAGGAUGUCUCCUCAGAGUGGAAGGACCUGAAUGAUAAGGAGAAGGGCGUGCUCAACGACUGGGUGAAGUUCUUUUCCAACAGGUACAACGUCGUGGGUCUUGUUGAAGGUGCCACGAAUUUCGAUGACGAGGCGCCUGCAGCAGGUGCUUCUUCAGGGGCAGCGUUGUGA